AGGAGCAGUGCCUGGACAGCUGUGCCUCCAAACUCAUCCGUUCCAACCACCGCCUGAUGGCGUCUUACGUGGCGCUGAUGCCAGGGAUGGUACAACGCAGGAUGGCGGACUAUGAGAACCUGAACAAGGAGGCGGCCAAGGAGCUGGCGGCCCCAGAGAGCAGCUCCAACCUAUCUGACAUCUCCAGUAACCCCGAGCAGGGGCCCUCGAUGCCAGAGGCCCUGGAUGCAACGGGCACACAGACUCCUAUUUGAAGGCUCAUGACUCCGGACUCUACAACUGUUCAGCCACCUCAGCCCUGGGACCUCUCUUUACUGGGGCCCCUACACACCCCCUCAGGAGCCCCUCCAGACUCGGCCAUGUGGGGUUAAUCCCGUUCUGGCUGCAGGACAGACUCCAUGGUGUGGGCUGCAUGGUGACGUUGGGUCCCGGACUCGUCUGUUGUCCUGUAGGGAGAAGCUGAGAGGACUUUGUUAUUUUUUGGUCCUUUGUGCGCAAGUUAUUCUAGCGCCAGGAACUAACCCCGGCCGGUGACCCAGGAUCCUACUGUCAUGUGGAUAUACCGGACACCUCCGGCUGGGACCUGUCUGCAGAGGGUCUUCUCCAGUCUGAACAGAGUCAGUGUCUCAGGGUGACAAUAAAUCUGCUCUAUUAUAAACCCUA